AUGACGGUACAGUUUCUGUUUUUGAUCUUUUCUAUUCAUAUUAACUCUAUCCAUUGUGCUCAUUUUCGUGGAGGAGCAAUUACAUGGCGGCCAGAAUCAAAUCAAAAUUCUGUGCUAAAUACCGACAGAAAUAUUAUUAUUGAACAACGAUAUGCUUGGUCAAAAAGUACUGCAGCUAGUGCAUGCACAACAGCAACAAUUUUAUCAUUUGGCACUAUUGGAGAAAAUGUAGUUUCGAUAAUACAAUGCUAUUCACCUGCAGUCAAAUGUACAAGUGCAAUGUAUACUACCGUCUCAACGUUGGUUCCAUGCACUGAUUACAAUAUUGUUUUGGGAACGUCUUAUGGUUAUAGUUCAACAACGCGUAAUCUAACUGCUAUUUCAUCGGGUAUUGUAGUAGGAUAUGUUGUAAGCGGUGCUUGGCUUACAUUACAGUUAGGGGGUGGCGGCUGGGAUUUAAUGAUGUAUAUAAAUAUGAGGCCACGCUCCGACAAUCAAUUAAUUAACAGCUCACCUGUAUCUGAUAUAUCGUUGGUAACUUAUGUACCUGUUGGUGGAAUUGGGCCAGCUUCGAUCGAUAUACCGAUGAGUGAUGCCGAUGGCGAUAAUAUUGAAUGUCGUUUUAGUCUGGCUUCUAAUACAUUAGGCGGAAUUGUCGUUGAUGAAUGUGGAGGUGUAUGUCAACCAGUGGCACUUCCGGCAUUGACACAACUAAUUUCAAACAAUAAUACAUGUACACUAAUCGUUACUUUACCAACGGUUGGUUAUUAUGCAGUGGCUGUUCAAUUGGAAGAUUAUAUGGUAAAUUCCACGACACCACUUAGUUCAGUACCAUUACAGUUUCUUCUGCUUGCCUACGAUGCAUCAAAUCCUGUAUCAACAUGUACAGUUCCACCUACUAUAACAAGUAUUCCACCUGAUUUUCCAGCAGAAGGUGCUACUAUCACAGUUCAAGUUAAUUUUCCCUAUAAAGCCAUGGUCAUUGCACAAACGGGUUGUCCGUUAGAUCCAGAUUUAAGUAUUUCAAAUUUUAUAACAGCAAGCCCGCCUGGUAUGCUCAAAUCCAAUCUUCCAUUUGUUCUUGUCGCUCCGUCGUACGCAAUUAAUCUAACAUGGACACCCACAAUUGAUCAGUUGAAUCAAACAUAUCAAUUUUGUGCUAUAGCUAUUGACAUUGAUUAUCAUGAAUCAAGUCAAUAUUGUUUCUUUAUCUUUGUUGGUCCUCAAACAACGACAACCACAACUACGUCGACGACAACAACCACAACUACAACGACGACAACAAGCACAACUACAUCGACGACAACAACCACCACUACGUCGACAGCAAGCACAACUUCAACAACCAGCACAUCAACUACUACGACUUCUGCAACAACAUCAACAACAACAUCGACCACGACUACGACCACUACUGCAGGCGUGCCAGAAUGCAAUUGCAUACCACUAGUAAUGGCGGCUUGUUUGGGUCUUGGCAUACCAUUGUUUCUUCUUCUGGGUCUUCUCUCAUUGUUGUACUUGUUUCGAUGUUGUCCUGGUCCUCUUCAAUCUAUAAUUCAUCGACGAUUUUGCCGAGAUCAUAAAUUUUGUUGCUCAAAUUGUCGACAUUCCCAUUUUUCUGAUGACUCUAACGAUGGGAAUAAAUCUGCAAUGCCUGAAGGAACACGACAAUAUCGACAACAAUAUAUUAACACUGAUAAUAAGAUGAAAACCUAUCGAUCAGUACAGUCACCAGUGGAAAGGGUAUCGUUCUCUGCGCAUGAUCCGCUCAACGAUAGAUCCAUCUCGACAGUAGGCUUUCGCCCAUCAAUAUCAAGAUCAAGAUCAAUUGCUUCCGGUUCAGGUACUAGUCUUCUACCAAACGGACGUACUUCGCGUAUUACAAUGAUUUCUCCAAUUAACCCUCUUCCACAACGAAGCGAAUCGCUUCUAUUGCGAUUAUAUUCAAAACAGGUUCAUCCACAAAGAGCUGAAAGUACAGUAUGA